UGGAGGCGGGACUAGCCGUCCCCUCCGGGCUGGGAGGCGAGGCGCCGGGGCAGCUCUUGUAGGCGCAGUAGAGCGGUUGGUGCUCCGGUUACGGGUAAUCGCUCACCCUGCAACUGAGGCGAGAUGCUGCGCCUGCUGGAUGUCGGCGGGUUCGUGCUGGAGCGGGUGGCCACGGGCAGCCCCCUCUCCAUGGUGCUGGUUGCCUCCGCCUUCGUGCUGAGCCUGGGCUACCUGCUGCAGCUGGGUUUCCGGCGCCAGCCCCGGCCCGGCGAGGGGAAAUACCCACCUUAUAUUUCGUCUAAUAUCCCUUUUCUUGGACAUGCAGUAGCAUUUGGAAAAAGUCCUAUUGACUUUUUAGAAAAUGCCUAUGAAAAGUAUGGGCCUGUGUUUAGCUUCACUAUGGUGGGCAAGACGUUUACCUACCUACUGGGUAGCGAUGCUGCUGCUCUAAUAUUCAACAGUAAAAAUGAAGACCUGAAUGCAGAGGAUGUAUACUCUCGACUGACCACACCAGUCUUUGGCAAGGGAGUUGCUUAUGAUGUACCUAACCCGGUAUUUUUGGAACAAAAGAAAAUGCUAAAAACUGGGCUGAAUAUAGCUCAGUUUAAACAACACGUACCUGUAAUUGAAAAAGAAACAAAGGAGUACUUCAAAUCCUGGGGAGACAGUGGAGAAAGAAAUUUGUUUGAAGCUCUUUCAGAGCUCAUUAUUUUGACAGCAAGUCAUUGUUUACAUGGGAAGGAGAUCAGAAACUUACUCAAUGAGAAGGUGGCACAACUGUAUGCUGAUCUGGAUGGGGGAUUUACUCAUGCAGCUUGGCUUCUGCCAGGUUGGCUUCCUUUACCUAGCUUCAGACGUAGAGACAGAGCACACAGAGAAAUAAAGAACAUUUUCUAUAAAGUAAUCCGGAAACGCCGUCAAUCUGGGGAAAGGGAAGAUGACAUGGUCCAAACAUUGCUGGAUGUUACGUAUAAGGAUGGCCGUUCGCUGACAGACGAUGAGAUUGCUGGAAUGCUUAUUGGGUUGUUGUUAGCAGGCCAGCAUACGUCUUCUACCACCAGUGCUUGGCUUGGCUUCUUUUUAGCUAGAGACAAAUCAAUACAAGAACAAUGCUAUGCAGAACAGAAAGCAGUUUGUGGAGAAGACUUGAGGCCCCUAAAUUAUGACCAGCUGAAGGAGCUGAACAUGCUGGACCGCUGCCUAAAAGAAACUUUAAGGCUUAGACCUCCUAUAAUGACCAUGAUGAGAAUGGCCAGAACUCCCCAGACUGUUGCUGGCUAUACUGUUCCUCCUGGUCAUCAGGUUUGUGUCUCUCCCACUGUUAAUCACAGACUUAAGGAUUCUUGGAUAGAAAGUUUAGAAUUCAAACCUGACCGUUACCUCCAAGAUAACCCUACAGCUGGAGAGAAGUUUGCAUAUGUGCCAUUUGGUGCUGGCCGUCAUCGUUGCAUUGGAGAAAACUUUGCUUAUGUUCAGAUUAAGACUAUUUGGUCUACUCUGCUUCGUUUAUAUGAAUUUGAUCUCAUUGAUGGAUAUUUUCCUACUGUAAACUAUACAACCAUGAUUCACACACCAGAUAACCCAGUUAUCAGAUACAAGAAGCGAUCACACUAAGUUUUGGAGACAAAAUUAUUUCUGCAUUUAAAUGGUGAAAAUUACGGUUUUUGAAUAAGUUAUGACACAAUUAAAUGGUUAAUGGAAAAGCUGGUCCAUUGGAUGUGUAGUGUUAUAAAAGUGAGGUUAAUCUAACCAUAAAAUGUGUAAUUGUUGUAUACUGCACAGUACUGUACAUUUUAUUAUAAAAAUACUGUCUUUUCUGCUUGUGUAACAAUUUUAAGGUGGAUGCUGCAUAUUAGUAUAGGUGAAUUCAACUGUUUAGUCAAAUCUUGGGACAAAGGUGAACAUCUAAUCUCUUUUUACAAGGUUAAAUUUUAAUUGGUGCUUUAAAAAAUCUCCUUUCCUUGAUUCAGCUACUUUAAUGGGCAAGACUAAACUCAUGGACAUCAAUGGGAACAGAAUCUGUUCUCUGAUGCUGGUGCGUAUUUAAUGUGAACAAGUUGGAAAAUGCUCACUUUGCAGACUUUCAGCACUGUCUAUAUUUGCAGAAGUAAACACUUUUAUAUAAGGAACUAAUCAGCACUUUCAGGAAUGAGCCAAAAAUUGCCAUGGGUUUUAAUUUUGAAAACCUUAACAUUUUCAAUAUUUUUCAAAGGUGACAGGUGAUUUAGGUGCUCAUCUUGAAACAGUGUUUGAAGGGUCUGGAUUUUCAAAAAGUGCUGAACUGUCCACCCUCUGAAAAUUAGUUCUGUUUUAAAUUAUGUAAAAUUAGGCAUCCAAAAUAAUUAGUCACACUUGAAAGUCUUGGUUUCAGUGCAAAGAUUAGCAGUAGAACCUUACAAAUCCAGAAUUAAUAGUUAAGAGUAAGCAUAUAAAUGACACUUCUUAGAUAUAUCUUUAACUGUGUUCAUUGUUUACUUAAAUGAAAUAACUAGUGUGUACUACUGUAUUAACUAGAGUAGUGUUUAGAAUGAUGUAGAGGGGACAAUGGGUACUGUAUAGCAGUAAUAUAUAAUUUUUUUUUUUUUAGAAGUGCCUGCUGUUUGGGGGACAAAAAUAGUCUCAUCAAUAUUAAACCUUCUGCUGCCCUUUAUUAUUAAAUCUCGGCAAUGUGGGCAAAGACUGAAGCUGUCCACGAAGAGACAGUGAAUUAAUAAGAUUCUUCUCCCAUAAUUCCACAUGGCCUGUCCGAAUUCUAUUCACAUGGGAAUGAGUAACAUUUAUUUCAGGACUGUUAUAUGUUGUACGUGUGUGGUGGAAAAUAGCUCUGAUGUGACUUACAGAAAUUUUUCAUUAAAAUUUAUAAACUCUUUGUGAAA